AUGCAGCCAGGUAGCCGCCACCAGCAGGAACAGCAUGCUCACAACAACGACUUUUCCUCCUCCUCACUAUCGCAAUCGCAUUACACAACACACCCAUUGCAGCAAUCUCCCGUGAGUCAAUCAGACAUGCCAAAUCAAUGGCAGCAGAACGAUGAUCAUGGCUGGAACAGAUCGCUCUCUUUGAUGAACAACACUCGUCUAUCGAGCAUAAACACAACUACCAUCUCAUCUCCUUCCUUACCACCACUACCGCCAGUGCCUUCGUCUACCCCUUCAUUACUACAACCUUGCUUCUACCCAACUUCAUCUUUGGCGAAUACUAUGCCUCCACCUCCUGCUUCUUCUUCGACAGCGCAUUUAUUCCAGCCAUAUCCUGCCUUGUCUCGAUCAAGCAGCUAUCUCGGCCAUUCAGGAUACGCAAGCAGGACAUCUGGAAACCACAAACCGCUCAGCAGACCCAGAUUGACGACUACCUUGUGGGAAGAUGAGAGCACCAUAUGCUACCAAGUAGAUUGCCGCGGUAUUUGUGUUGCUCGGCGUCAAGACAAUAACAUGAUCAAUGGAACCAAAUUAUUAAACGUCGCAGGCAUGUCACGAGGCAAACGAGAUGGCAUCUUGAAAAACGAGCGCGGUAGAGUGGUCGUCAAAGUGGGAGCAAUGCAUCUGAAAGGCGUAUGGAUUCCGUUUGUAAGAGCAAAGGCACUAGCCAACCAAUUCAAGAUUCUAGAUGUACUAUACCCUAUAUUCUCGGAUGAUCCAGCCUCUUAUUUGUAUCCUUCUCAUUUGCAUCAAAUGAACAGAUUUAAUAAUUCCAAUUCGUCAUCAAACCACCAUUUCAAUCAUGCGAAAUCGCCAAGUCAAGGCAGCUUUUACAAGACAAAUUCACCCUAUCCAACUUCCACAUCUGCUCUAGACCUUUUGGCUACUGCUCGGGAUACAGGCUCGGUUGUAGAUGAUAUUGUGCCUCAAGUGAAUGACACUUAUGGCAUAUAUCACCAUCAUCAUCAACAGCAGCCACGAGGUAGUAACAACAACGGUUCAAGUUACAGCCAGCAUCAAACAGAUCAUCCUUCUUCCGCGACGACAACAACAGCAACGACCGCUACUAACGUCAAAAGUCCAUCUUUUUUGACCGAUUAUUCUACCGUCAAUACCAGCCAUGGCCAGCAAGAUUCGGUACAAGAAAGAUCAAAUUAUAGAUACAGUCAGGGCCAACAAGCAAACGUAACUAGAUCCGCAGCAUCUAAUGUAAUUUAUGGCGCCUCAUCACAACACAAUCCAUACUACCAACAUGAUGGUGCUUAUAAUAAUCACAAUAUAACAUCUCCCAUACCUUCUCCAAACAACUCUACGAGCGACAUUAUGUUCAGACCUACUACUACUACUACUACUACUACCACUACUACCACUACUACCACUACGGCUGCCUCUUCAUCCUCAGCAUCUCCAUCUAUGCAGUGCGCAAAGACUAUGUCAAAACCGUUCUGGUAA